AUGAAGACCACUCAGAUCCUUGCCGUCCUUGGCUUCGCCUCCAUGGCUCUUGCCCAGUCUUCCUCGGGGACACACAUUCCUGCUUGCAACGCCGCCAUUGACCCGAGCUGCCAACCCACCAGCGCCCACGCAGGCACCUCUGCCGCCGCGACUCCGACGGGGACGGUUGCCCAGACGUCCGCCAGCGGCACAGCAAGCGGCUCCAAGACGGGCUCGGGCUCGGGCUCUUCUGCUGCCACGGGCUCCGCCAGCACCGGAAACGGAACCUCUGCCCGCCCGUCCAGCCAGGCCUCUGGUGCCGCGCCGCCCGCCUCCAACGGCGUCGUCGUCACCGCCACCGCCGUCCUGUCGGUGACGUCCACGGCGGCCGCCAACACCCCGGCCCGCGGUGGUAAUGGCGGCGGCGUCGGCGGCGGCAGCCCGACUGUCACCGCGACGCAGCCCGGCCAGUCCAACGGUGGCGCGCGCCUCGGUCUCGGUGCCGCUGUUGCGGUUGCUGGUGCUCUGUUCGCUCUGUAA